GUCCGCACUUGCCCCGAGCCACGCAAUGACAUCUCGGAAUUUGCCUGCAGCGUGAAUGCAGAGACCUUGGCCGAAAUGGUGGGCACAGCGGCCACAUGGCUCUCCAGUGCCGUCUCAUCCUGCCACUUGGCUGAGACGUCACGACGCGACACCUUCCCCAACGUGGGCGCCGAAUGCGGCGCCGGCGUGGCCGGGAUCGUCGGGGCCCUGGGCGAAAUGGCCGCCUCAGCAACCCUGGCGAUGACCAGCUGCAAGGAAUUCCCCAUGGCAGGUGCCUUUGGGGGGUGGAUGGGAUGGAUGGGAUGGGGUGAUGAUUUUGAAUGGCGAAAUAUCAUGAUAUAA